GCCUGCCCCUCCCCGUCACGCUGCUCCGGGCCGGCCAUGGCGGAAGCUGGGGCUGUGGAGCCCGGGGGUGUGGAGCUCCCUCUGCAGCGGCGGCUGGCGACGCUUGGCCGGCGGCUGGCGGCGCUGAGCGUAGCGGGCGGUGACGAUACCUUCUUAGCAAAGGGCUCAGCUACUCUGGAGAAAUUGAAGGACUUCUGUAACAAUGGGAAAGGACAUCCGUCCAUGCUUUUGCAGCAGUAUACACAGGCUGUCUUAGACAUUACAUAUUUUGAGGAAAACCAGCUCGUGGAUGAAGAUUUUCCAGAAGAAUCUUCCUUGCAGAAAGUGAAAGAACUUAUUUGUACCCUUUCAGAACCAGAAGACUUAUGGAGGGAAUGCAACAUGAAUGAAGAAACCAUCAGUAUCCUUGGUGCAGAGUUGUUAGAAUGUCUUUACUGGAGAAAAGGAGCCCUGCUUUACAUGUAUUGUCAUACAGCAAAAGAAAGGAGUGAGUGGCUACGAGAAAACAUUGCUGUAUUUAAAAAGUGUCUUAAUGAUGGAGUUAAUUACUUGAUGAAGAUGCUUAGCUUUAGAUGCCCUGUGCAGCUAAACGAAGAUGUCUCACCUCACGAUAAAGACACAGCUAGAUUACUCAAUGAAGGUGUAUUUAGUGACACUCACUUACUCGCGAUGAUGUACAGUGGAGAAAUGUGCUACUGGGGACUGCAGCACUGCGGAGAAGCGAAGCAGGAAGGCCUUGAGACUGUAGGUUUUGUGUCCGACAGUGACCCGGGCUGUGGGUUACAGAGCACAUCGCUGGAUUUCCGAGAAACGGGAAAAAACAUGUUAAAAAAGUACGUGGCUGUAUGUGAGGGACCUCUGAAAGGCCAAGGGUGGAACACAACAACUGCAAAACAAAUGUUGUGCUGUUUCGUGGGAUCCCACAAAUAAAAUGCACCACUUUGGCUAUCGCUGGAAGACUCCUUUUGCUCCGGGAGCACGCUCAGGGACACAGUCUUUGCUUCGGUCUUCUUCUCAGAAGGAUUUGCAUUCGAAAAGCUUUUAGAACACAAGUCGGAAGUGUAACGAAGCUUUUCUGUAAGGAAGCCCCACCUGCCUCACGCCGGGGAUGACUUGGCUCUCUCUCCGCCCAGCCUCUUCCAUGAGCGCCGGCGCACUGGA